AUUGAAAGUGAAUAUGUUUUUAAUUUCUAGGAAUAUAUGAAUAAUAUUGCCAAACUUAUAAGUGAGAUGAAAGUCAAAGAGGAGGGACAUAAAAUCGAAAUGAGCAAACUUUAUCAGGAUAUGCAAAAAAAAGUUGAAUUAAAUGAAGAAAAGCACAAAGAAUUAAUGGCAAAGAAGGAGAUGGAAAUAGCGGAGCUAAAUGCAAAGUUACGAACUCAAGAGAAGGAAAAGCAAAAUGAAAUACUCAGACUACGUCUAGAAUUUGACACCAAACUAGCAAGAAUUCAGACAAAGUCAAAAUCCUAUGCAGAUGCUACUAUUCUGCCACAAAGUAUCUACAGAAGGAAGCUUCAACAUCUUCAAGAGGAAAAGAGCAAGGAGAUUUCGAGUCUCCAGAACACCAUCCGAGACCUGGAGCAGCGCCUUGCAGUGGCCAAAGACUCCCGCCUCACACGGAGACGGUUUUGAGUGAGCACUUUAUGCAACAGCUACAGCUUAGUUUCUUUAAAGGCAUUAAAAAAAUUCUUUCACUUCUUUUUUCAAUGUGAGCAUGCUAAAUAAUAAAGACGCACACUUUUAAGCUUUUUAAAAUUGCAUUUAUUGAGAUAAGUCUGUACUGUGGCCAACUCUGUACUGCAUUCUUGCUUAAUGGUAUUAGCCA